AUGCAUGAAUCUGCAGAAGGCACCAAUCCUAUUAUGUCAGAAGAACAGCCUGCCUUUUCUGCCCCUUCAGACUCUGGCCCUGUUGACAAAGUCUCACCACUGAUUUGUUUGCGUACCGUGAGAAUUUGGUUUCCUCACAAUGGACUCCAGCUCAAGGAAGACAUCAUAAGCAAGGGCCUCGAAGACGUGAUUUGGGAUGCCAUCCCUCUCCAGGAGCUUGGCGCUCAGCAUCAAGCACGGCAUGGCUAUGGCAACAGGAAUGAUGCGUCUCUAGUGGAAUUUGCGGUGCUGGAAACAGGUGUUCCACGGGUUUUGGAGAAAUACGAGAUUCCAAACUUCCUUCCACUUAGCAGCGAUGAUCCGAUGGUUUUGCAACAACCGGUCAAGGACCUUGAGUCGAAGAAAGCUCUUUGUUACCAGAGUCUACACUCAAAAUACCUGCAGGGAUAUAAAAAAAGACAACAGCUCACAGGAACUUUGGGAUAUGAGAUGCACAAGUCUUUGAGUGACUGGUAUGACGGCUGUCUGGAAGAUAUUGGUAACCGUCUGAAAAAGCUUGGAUACUGUUGA